AUGGAAACCAGGAUGGUGAUGAAACGUGAACAGGAGGAGCAGUCGUCCCAGAUGACUCACAGCAUGCAGAUGUCCUCUCAGAUCAAGAAGCGGACCUUCACUUCCAGUGAUGAGGAAGCUGCCUACGCUGAUUUCUAUCCCAUCAUCCCUGCUAAUCUGAUGUCUGUCAAAGAGCUACUUAACAUAAGUAGCCUCCCCCGCCACAGGACAUGGGAAAUCCUGCAAGAAACUAUGGCUUCUGACGAGGAGUACUACAGAGAAAAGUGGACACUAUUUGGAAAUGAGACUGAAAAGCUAGAGAAAGAUGUCAUAAGGAACCAGCAUGUCUUACGCACUCGCGCUGACAAAAUGGCAUUUCGAAAACAGGCAGAAAAGAAGGCAUCCGCCCACAUGAAGUUUCUGGAGCAACUGAGUCAGAAGGCUCCAGACUUCCCAAUCCCUCUGAGGGCCCAUACUGUCUGGGAGGGAAUGACAGUGAAACUCUCCUGCACUGUCCAAGGCUGUCCACCCCCAAAGGUUACAUGGUAUAAGAACGGUGAACCACUGAUAAUGUCUUGCCGACCAUGGAAUUACAGUCUUCAACAAAAUUUUGGACUGAACUCACUUGAGAUCAGGAGGUGCUGUCCUGAUGAUGCUGGCGAGUAUAAAGUGGUGGCCAGGAAUUCCCUGGGUGAAGCUAUGACCUUUGGAACACUUGUGGUAAACUCAUUUCGAGGAGCCGUGGCUGAUUCUCAGCGCUUGCAGACCGCCACCUUGCAGCUGCAAGAAGAAGCGCAGUUUGACAUCUCCUUCCCCCCAACCUGGGUGAGGGAGGGUAAAAGCCUCACCCUGCAGUGUGCUUUCACCUCAGCUCUGCUACCCUUCCAGCAGGAUGUCAGCUGGUUCAGAGAUGGCAUACAGCUGCAUCAGUCCAGCAGUGUGGAGAUUAAAACGAUUGACAACAAGGCCACCAUCACUUUAAGGGCUGCACAUAAGGAGGAUGAAGGUGUUUACACUGCCAGACUGAGGACCUGGGACGGGAUCCAGGAGCACAAGGCUUUUCUUUAUGUCAAAGAUGCAGCAGCUGCAGUGCUCGAGGGUCCUGCAUCUCCUCUGGCAGUGCAGGUGUCUGAUGUCAACAAGGACUACGUCUUCCUGACUUGGCAGCCACCCAGUGCUGACGGAGCGUCACCUGUGGAGGGGUACUAUGUGGAAAAAUGCGACCUCGGUCAGAGUGAGUGGGUGCGCUGCAAUGAGCAUAUUCAAAAAAUGUGCCAUUUCCCAGUGUUUGGACUGAAGGAAGGAACUCUGUACCAGUUCAGGGUUUGUGCUAUGAACCGAGGAGGAGUAGGACGCCCAUCCAAAGCCACACAGCCUGUCCUCACUGCAGACCCUCUGGAACACACCAGGACAAUGGUGGUCAAAGUGGACAGAGGAAGGACCAUCACCAUUACAAAAGACGAACUGGAAGGUCAGGUCAAAGCUCCGUUCCCUCCCACAAACGUCCACGCCUGCGAGGUUAGCGACACCUACGUGGUGCUGAGCUGGACUGAGCCUGAACCCAGAGGCAGGGAGCCGCUGACCUUCUAUGUGGAGCGGUCCUUGGCAGGGAGCAGCAGCUGGGGACUGGCCAGUCUGGACAUGUUGGUGAACUCUACCAGGUUCCCAGUCUUUGACCUGUUCAAGGACAAGCAGUACUGCUUCAGGGUGCGCUCCAUCAACAAGUAUGGUGUCAGUGACCCCUCUGAGCCGAGUGAGCCCAUCUCCCUUGGAAAACCACAAGCUGUACCUGCUCCACCUCACUCUGUGAUGGCUAUCAGAGACACAGACACCUCAGUGCUGCUGCAGUGGAAAGAGCCCAAAGACAAAGACAACAUCCUGGGAUAUUAUCUUUACUAUAGUGAAGCUGGGAAACAGGAAUGGAAGACUAUUAACAACAAGCCUGUAACUACAACCAGGUUUACAGUCCAUGGCCUGAAGACUAGGAGGGAAUAUGUGUUUAGAGUGAAGUGUGUGAGCCGGGCAGGAAACAGCAGAUAUUCAGAUGAGUCUCACCCCAUUGUGGUCAAAUCAGCCAUUGUUGUUCCCUCUCCUCCAUCUGCUAUCGCUCUGCUGCUGUGCACUGGGUCUGAGAUGGUGCUGGGCUGGAGGGCCCCGUCUUUUAACGGGGGAAACCCUGUACGUGGGUACUACCUGGACAAGAGGGAGAAGGGCAUGGAAACAUGGAGAGAGGUCAACGUCACACCUGCCAAAGACAGGCAGUUUAAGGUCUGCAACUUGAAAAGUGGACAUUUCUACCACUUUCGUGUAUUUGCUGCCAACGUGGCUGGCGUGGGGAAACCCUCUGAUCCCAGUGACGCUUUCCUUUGUGAGAAGUGGACGAUGCCAGAACCAGGUUGCCCCUAUGACUUGGAGUUCAGGGAGGUGAGGAAUAGCUCCUUGGUGCUCUUAUGGGCCGCUCCGCUGUACGAAGGUCGAAGUCCUGUCAUUGGCUACUUGCUGGAAAUCUCCCAGGUUGACCAGUUAGAAAACUGGACUGCUUUGACUGAUAAACCAAUUUCCGACACACAUUUCAAGGUGUCUGGUCUUCAGGCAGGUCAGACCUACCGUCUCCGUGUGUCAGCUGUUAAUGAUGUAGCAGUGGGUCGUGCUUCUCUGCCCUCUGAGCCAGUCACAGUUCAGACCCAACCAGGCACCAAAGACAUUGAGAUAGGUGUGGAUAAUGAUGGCUUCAUAUUUUUGGGCUAUGAGGCUGUUGAGAUGAACGAUGAGAGCAAGUUCAUCUGGAGCAAAAAUUAUACUGAACCCAUCAAUGGCAAGAGAAUGAAAGUAGAAACCAAGAACAACCGGUCAGUUCUCACCUUCACAGAUCCAUCAGAGGAGGAUCUGGGUCUCUAUACGGUGGAGAUGAGCGACAGCCCCCACUUGUCAUCCAGCUAUGAUUUCACCGCUGAAGACCUUGAACGGCUCAAAGAGCUCAGCUGGCAAGUCAGAAAUCCUUUGAUUGCACUGAAGUCGGGCUGGCAGGUGGAAGUUUCUGAGAAGGGCAACGUACGUCUCUGGCUUCAGACCGAGAGUCUGAGUAACGCUGCAGAGCUCCGUCUCAUCUGCAACGACAAGGAAAUCUCCAGUACCCCACACUGUAAGAUCAACUUUGACAAGGCCAAAGGUCUGGUGGAGUUACUGUUUGAUCAGCUCUCUCAGGAGGACGAGGGCUCAUACACGGCUCAGCUGAGGGAUGGCCGUGCCAAGAAUCAGUUCACUUUGGUCUUUGUGGAUCAAAAGUUCCGAGAGACUCUGGCCUUGGCUGAUGCAAACCGACGGGACAAUCAGAGGAAGGCUGGACCUUAUUUCCAGGAAUUCUUGACAUGGAGCGUGAAUGAGGAUUGUGAAUUGAUCAUAAAGUGCAAGGUCACAAACACAAACAAGGAAACGUCUUUCAAGUGGUUUAAGGAAGCUGUGGAAAUGACUCAGGUUGUGUACGAUCCGUCAUCAGGAGCCAGCUCGCUCAACAUCUCACAGGUAACAAAAAAGGAAGCUGGUUUAUACAAAGCUGUGGUGUCUGACAAGAGAGGAGAGGAUGUCAGCACCUUGGCGUUACUGGACGAUGAGUAUGAAAAGCUUCUCCAGCAGCUGAGUAAGCAAUGUGCACUGUCAGCUACUCCACUGAAGAUCCAGAGCACUGCUGAAGGUUUUAAGCUCUACUGCUCUCUCAAAUACUACAUUAGCUUCCUGAAGACCAGCUGGUACUUCAAGGAGAGGAGAAUUGACCAGGAGGCCAGGACAAAACCUGGCUGCACCAUGCAAAAACUCUGGAUUGAAAUCUUAAACCCAACAGAGAAUGAUAAAGGACGGUACACCUUGGAGAUGUUUGAUGGCAAAGAGACACAUAGACGUCAUCUUGAACUGUCUGGUGAAGCUUUUGCUGAAGCCCUGCUGGAGCACCAGAGGUUGAAGCAACUGGCCAUUGCUGAGAAAAAUCGUGCCAAAGUGACAAAGGGUCUUCCAGAUGUUGUGGCCAUCAUGGAGGGCAAGUCUCUCUGUCUGACAUGUUUCAUUGAUGGUGAACCAGCUCCAGAGAUCUUCUGGCUUCGUAAUGAUAGGGAAAUCCUUGAUCUGACCCAUUUUACCAUUACUAAAGAGCCCAAGCGCAGCUCUAUCACUGUCAACAAGGUCAAUGUGGAAGAUUCUGGAAAGUACAGCAUAUUUGUGCGCAAUCAGUUUGGGUCAGAAACUGUUGAUGUGACAGUGAGUGUGUACAAGCAUGGAGAGAAGCCUCCAGCUAAUGCAGUGGAAAUGGGUUAAAACUCAUAAAUUAAGUAAAAAACAAAAUUAAUUAGCUAAAUUAAGCUGAUAAGAUAUAAUUUUAUAGCUGACACUGAGACAAUUUGUUAAAAUUUCCUAAGUUUGUGCUUAUUUUGAACUUCAUUCUGGCACUUAUUAAUUUGUGGCCAUUGUUCAGUUAGAAACAAAGAUAAUGCAGCUUUAAGUGCUUGUGUUACAACACAUACACUGCAAAACCUUAUGCUACUGAGCUUUUGGUGAAGCAGAUGUGUCAUUUGUACGUGUUGUGAAUAAAGCUAUUUUUAUU